AAAAAAAAAAAAAAGAGGAAGCACCAACUGUCAAAAAUUGUGAGGGAAACAAAUAUCAUUUUCACUUCGCUGUUCUACAGUCUGCAGUGCUUUCAGGGGAAGUGGAGGUUGGCAACAGGAAACUGACCCCAGGUCUGUGAGGAGGUGACGCGGUGCUGUUUGUCAGAAGGGAUGACAACUAUUUCCAUUUCUCUUAUGAAUGUUCCAGCCAGCUGCAGCUCUGCCUCUUUACAGACACAAGCUUUAAACAAAAGGUAGUCUGUCAUUAGAAUUACAUCGGUGGAAGUGUUUUGCUCAGACUAUGAGAUCUAUACAAAACCUGAAUUUUGGAAAGAUCAUCAUCAGAGAAAGAUAGGGUUUGGUCACACCACAGGACGGCUUCACAGCCUCCACUUCCUCAUCGAAAAUCGAAGUGAGCAUGAGUUUCCUGUGACGCAGGUGUCUCUGGUCAUUCCGUGUGCUUUUAUCACUCCGGCAACUGUUGACUUACCCUGCACGGAAAGAGGCCGCUCUCUUCAUUACCGCCGCUGACUGGCAGAAGAUCCACCCCAAACACUGGACACACCUGUACGCCAAAACACGCCAGAAACACAGCCAAGUGGUUAGCAGUUUGGGUUUUUUUUUUUUUUUUCGGGGACAGCUGUGAUGCUGUUGUCAUACAGUUAGACGGGCGUGCAGGUGUUUGGUGUAGGUCGCCAUGCUGCAGCAGUCAGAGCUCGUCUUUGAUUUCGCCAGUGACCAUGGUAACACUGUGCCACAGCUGGGCGGACAGACAGAUUACCCCGCGGUGAUCGUGGAGCAGGUCCCACAUGCACACCUGCUCUCAUACUCCGGUCUAACAUACGAGCACUCACAGGCAGAACACGAUCACCAACAGCUGCUCAAAGAUGACAUCACAAAGAUGUGGGGUGAUACUCUUAAAUAUCCCUUAAGAUUUCCCUCUAAAGAGACAAAGAUGGAGCCAUGUGAAAGUGGAGAGGAAGAGACCAUGGAGACACUUGUUCCUGCUGACUCACUUCUCAUCAUGGACUGCCCCGACACACUCUCUCUGGAACAGCAUUACUCCCAGACCUUCUUGCCAUCACUGUGUGAUGUCAUCGCUACUCCUGUUACUCAGCUGACUGUGUCAGCAGAGGGAAUUGUGGAAGCUGUUGACCAGCCACAGUGGGGUGAAGUGCACACAAAGGAGCCUGCAGCCCAGCUGCAGUCCAGAAAGAAAGUGAGGAAACCACGACAUCAGAGGGCAGAGUCUCCCACACCGGACAUUAGAGUGAAAAAAAGCAGAUAUCACAAAGGUGGAAACACUCUGUAUCUGUGGCAGUUCCUGAUGGAGUUACUGCAGGACCGGCAAGUCUGCCCACGCUACAUCAAAUGGACAAAUCCUCAAGCAGGGAUCUUCAAGUUAGUUAACUCAAAAGCAGUGGCCAGACUGUGGGGAAAACAUAAGAACAAGCCAGAUAUGAAUUAUGAGACCAUGGGAAGAGCAUUAAGGUAUUACUACCAGAGAGGCAUACUGAAUAAGGUUGAAGGCCAGCGCCUGGUGUACCAGUUCACAUCCCUACCCAAAGACAUGAUUUAUAUAACGGAUGGAGACAGCACCUAUGAAAAAGAUGAAGAUGAUAACAAUGACCAUAGUGGCAUUGAUGAAGGUGUUAGCGAUGACAGUGAGUCAGAUGAUGUCACAUUAUCUCCAAGUGACCAAUCUGUGGAGGAGGAAGAUUCCCACCCAACACAAAAGAAAAUGGCAUCAAGAUCAGUCCGAGCUCAAACCCCUCAGCGGACCAGACCAGCUGCCAGGUCUUCAGGCCACCGUGAGACCGUUCUCCGGCCUGCCAGUACCAGCUUGAUUCAGGAGCAGCAUUUGCCAAUUGUUUCGGCCGAGAUGCUGCGGACCCUUCAGAACCUACAGAAGGUGCAGUCCUUGCAACCUGCAGGCCACGCCUCAGUUUUCCAAACGGCUCAACUGCUGGGGAGCCUGUGUAAUCGACAGGCAGCUGCUGAGGGAGAUGUAGAAAGGUGUAAAGGUGAACCGGUGACAUCUGAUGCUGGUUCAGAGAAGUCCCAAACAGGAUACACCACACUGAAAGUGGAGACCCCACCACUCGUGCUCUUAGCUAACUCUGAUCAAUAAAACAAACAUCACAACCCCCACAUAGCACAUGCACGCGCGCGCACACACACACUCCAGACUCAGGACCUUGUCGUGACCAUGUCUUGCUACCACAGCCCAUAUGUUUGUGUCUCAAGUGUCUAAGAUGGGGGGGGGAUAUAGAUCUGUUUUAAUUCAUCUGUUGAAUUGGUGACGUAAUGUCAACACCAAUGCACAUUUCCUGAUAUCUGAAUUCAGAUUAGCAGGAAAAUAGCAGCAACCAAAAUAUCACCACAUUCAGGAGUUUACCUUAUAGCAGCCAUAAACUGUGGGAGACACCAAAGAAACAUGCACUGGAAACCACAACUUUUGUUCACCUUAUGCAGAUAUACAUUACUGUUUUCCACC